AUGAUUGUAAACAAACACAUGGAUGACCUCAUCAACAUGGCACCUGUUUAUUCUAAUCAUGGCCUAAGGGGCUUGAGACAGCUCUAUGACUUGGUGGAGGUUCAUGUACGGGGUGUUAAGGCUCUUGAAGUACCAUCAGAAUCCUAUGGUAGCUUGCUUCAUCUGUUUUGAUGAACAAGGUACCACAAGAGGUACGUUUGAUCGUUAGCAGAGAGGACAAGGGAGGAGACUGGGAAUUAGAUUAGUUAUGCAUCAAGAAUUGGAUGCAAGGAAGAGAGCUGCGUGCGCAGGGAAAUUACAAUCCACAGCCAGACCAACCAUUCUGAAGGAACAAACCGCAUUGGAAAGGCCCACCCUCUGCCUCAUCACUAUUCUCUAA